AUGAGCGAGUUAAAUGUGGCAUCAUCUACGACUGACUCAGUCGUAAUUUUAUCCGAAUCAACAUCAACGCCAACACUUUCUUUGAGUUCAUCUUCAAAUACUGUUGAUGAUGAAGCAAGACGACGUAAAAUUUUAAGUAAAUUAUGGGGCAAGGGUAAUAAAUUAUCACAUAAAGUACGGGAACUUGAUAAAAGUACAGGUAACAAUAGUAGUGAUUUAUUGAUUCCGACCGAUAAUGAUCAUAAACAAUUAACGGAAUUUUCCGAUAUUACCUCGACAUGUUCUUCGACGACCGAUCCAAAAUCAAAUUUAGAAGAUAAUUCGAACAGUAUUAAUAGUAGUAAACCUUUGGCUGUUGUGAAACCGAUUGUUGUUGUUAAAUCGGGUCUUAUUAUUUCUUCUUCUACGGAUCGAACACGAGUGAAUACUGAGGCAUCAUCAACAAUUGUAACACAAACAGAUCAAACAACAAUCACAGGGAUUGAACGAGAAUCGUCAUCAGUCACAACAGAUCGAACAUCAAAUAAAAAGAAAAAGAGUCAUAAGAUUAAAGAUUCAAAAAAGAAGAAAAUAACACGUAAUGAAUCAAAAGACCGAGAUCGAUCAAAUUAUAAUCACCAUCAAACGAAUAAAAAUCAGGAAAGUAAUUCAUCGUCAAAAAGUAAUCGACAACAUAAAGAUGAAAAUAUAUCGAGUAACGAUUGUCAUUAUACAUCUUCUCGUCAUCAUUCAUCUUCAACAAUGUCUUCAACUAAAAAUAAUCGAAGAUCACCAUCAAACGAUAAUCAUCAAGUAAAUCGACGGUCAAAUAGAUCAUCAGUAGCUUCAAGAAAAGAUGAAUCUUCACAUACAAUAAAAUCAACAUCAUCUCCAAACGAUCAUCAUCAUAAUCGACAUCAUUCAAAUUCAAAACAUGAAAGUAAUAAUCAUCAAAGUUCUUCUUCUCGUCGUCAUCAUCGCCGUGGUUCAUCAAUAACACCUUCUCCGUCCCCAUCACGAUCUCAUCAUUCGACAGUAAAUACAGAUCGAUUACAAACAAACACUUCUUCAUCACCUAAGAAAGAUGAUCGUAAUUCAAUGUCAGUAACAAAAUUACAUCGACAACAAAAUGAAUUAGUUUCAAAUAGUAAAUCGACAAAUUCAAUUUCAUCUUCCGUUUCUCAUUCAAAACUUCGUGGUCAUGGCUCCGAUACAAUUGUCGACGAGAAUAAUUGCAAACAUAGAACUCGAAUCAGCGAUGAAAACUUAACAAAUUCUUCCAAACACCAAAAAUCCUUAGAAAUUUCACCUGGACAUCGUCGUUCAUCGUUAAUUGUCGUCAAACAAGAAAAAUCGACAACUAUACUAAAUAAUGAGAGAAAUGAUUCAAAUCAAGAAAAACAAUGUUCAUCACGAUAUAAUCGACGAAGUCAUAGUCGACACCGUUCGAAAUCAAAAUCAAAAGAUAAAACAAAUCGAAAACUAGCCGAGCCAUCAAAUUCCGACGACAGUUCUGUCAAUCAAAAUAAAAUCAAUGAUGAAAAAAUUUCUACUACAGUCAAUGAAAAUUCACAUAAUGAUAAAAAAUCGAAUCAUCGAUCGCGUAUUGCAUCACCGAACGAUGAGUAUCGAAGAAAAUCUUCGUCAGAUCAUCACCGAUAUAAUCGUCAUGAUUCACCUUCAAAUUAUGAUCGAAGAAAUGAUUAUCAUCAUCGUCAUGAUCAUCACCAUCGAACUCCACCUUCUCAUUCCUAUUAUCCACAUACUCAUUAUGUUCAUCAUCAUCAUCAUCAUUAUCGAACAGGAUCAUCAAGACAUUAUGAUCGUCGUCGAUCAAUAUCUCCUCGUUCUCAUCAACGUUGUUCAAGAAAUGUUUCUUCAACAUCUUCAUCAUUAUCUUCUUCGCCUCGUCGUCGAAGUUCAAGUCGAACAUCAUCUUCAUCAUCACGUAGUUCAUCAUCUUAUUCUUCUAUAUCUCGGACAUCAUCAUCACGUUCAUCAUCAAGAAAUAAUCAUUAUUAUCAUCAUCAUCAUCAUGAAAAAAAAUUUCGUCGUUCACCAACACUUGAAAAAAUAUUUCUUAAAGCUUCGGAAUCAAUUGAAUCCAUAUCUACACAAAAAAAUCCAAAUGUAUCAUCAUCGAAUCAUUUGAUACCAAUUCAAUCAUCAAAUAUGAAUUCUGACAUACAAAUAUCCUCAACAAUGCGUUCUCUUUCCGAAACAAAUGCAUUCUACUCCGAGAAUUUUUCAGGAUUUUCUGUUCCACCACCUCCAUUUACAUUACAACUGCAACAGCGUUGUUUGAAAGAAAUAACAACUGAAUCAAUAACGCCACGUCGUUUUGUAUUAAAUGAAGUUCAAACAGUUCAAUCCUCUACUUCAUCAACUGUUGACGAAGUAAAACCGAUGAAAACUGUUGAACUAAAUGAUCAUUCAAGCAAUGCUCAAGUUCGUUCUUCUUCAAGUAAACCAGUACGAGUAUCUAGAUUUUCUGAUAUUGCGCCAGCAGUUAUACCAGAACCAGUAUUAAAUAUAAAUUUACCUGUUGAUACAAUCUUAAAUUAUUGUCAAAUUAGUGAAAAUAUAAAUUGUUUGUCAUCAUCACGUCGGCAAAAGAAACGUCAUAAUCGUGAAGUAAUGGAAUGUGAAUGUACUACUAGUGAAUAUGAUCGUUCACAUGGUACAAAAGCAUGUGGACAUGAAUGUCUAAAUCGUAUGUUAUUAAUUGAAUGUGGUCCAUUAUGUCCAUGUGGUCAAUGGUGUACUAAUCGUCGUUUUCAACGACGCUCAUAUGCAAAUCAUAAAUUAGCUUUAUUUAAAACUGAAAUGAAAGGUUAUGGAUUACGAACAAUAGCACCAAUACAUAAAGGUCGUUUUCUUGUUGAAUAUGUUGGCGAAGUCGUUGAUAUGGAUGAAUUAGCACGUCGAAGUAAAAAAUAUAAACGUGAUGGAAAUGUACAUCAAUACGUUAUGUCACUAAUACAUGGAACAGUUAUUGAUUCAACAAUUAAAGGGAAUUGGGCAAGAUUUAUAAAUCAUUCAUGUGAGCCGAAUUGUGUUGCUGAAAAAUGGCUUGUUAACGGUGAAUAUCGUAUGGGAAUUUUUGCUAAACGUGAUCUAAAUAUUACCGAAGAAAUAACCAUUGAUUAUCGUUUUGAAACAUUUGGUGCGACUGAUUUAAUAAAUGAAAAAUGUUAUUGCGGCGCACUAACAUGUCGUGGUACAAUUAGUGUUAAAAAUAAUAAUAAUAAUUCAAAUCAACGACAAAAUCAACGUCAACCAUUAGAUGAUGAUGAAAUACUUGAGUAUUUAGUUGAUGAUAAUACAAAUGAAUAUAUUAUGCCAAAAACAGUUGACGAUAUUCGUCAAUUAAUACAAAUUAUGUCCAGAACAGAUAGUGAAAAUAUUCGAACUAUUGAAUUAGAUCUUAUUAAAAAUAGUUCGCAAAAACAGUUCGAAUUGCCAAGAUUAUUUUUAGAAUGUAAUGGUUUACAUGUAUUAUGUUCAUGGAUGAAAGAUAUUUUGAUUGAUGAUGAUGAACAACAAUACACAAAUGAGUUCAAAUAUUAUUUGUUAGAUUUCAUACAUUCUGUUCUACCAAUUAAAGAUCGAACAAUUGUGAUUAAAAAUGGUUUACUCGACUUAGUUUAUAAAAAAUUACAAUUACCAUUACAAAAAACAGAUGAUCUUGGUAGUAAUGAUCAAGAACCAAUCGGCAGUUUACUGAACUCAAUGCUUAAUCACCUUAAUGAUCCAAUUAUAUCGAAACUUUUUUAUCUUUAUUCAACAUGGAUGUCAUUAAAAGAGCGUUAUAUUAUUCCAAAACGAAAAGAACCUGAACAAAACUCAAAUUAUCAUCAUCGUCAUCAUCAUCAUCACCACCAUCAUCAUCACCAUAGUUCAAAAACUCCAUCUGAAGAAAAUAACUAUCGAUUUAAUUUUAGUGCACGUUCAUCAGCAACACAACAAAAAUCAAAUGAUCGUCCCUAUGCAAGGCGUUCAUUUGUUGUACGAGAUAUUCCACGUACACAAGACCAACAAUUGUCAAAAGAUGAACGACGAAAACUAUUUGAACAACAAUAUGAAGAUGCGGAAAAAGCAAGAACGAUGGCAGCCGCUGCAGCAGCACUCAAUGAUGAAAGUCUAGCUAUGCAAAAUGAGCCUCCUCAAAAGAAACAACGAACAUCCGAUAGUCUAGAUCCAAUGGUUCCAAGUACGCCACCUCAAUCACAGUCUUCAUCAAUGUCGGAUAUCAAUUCUUGGACGUUUCCUACGAAUACUGUCAAUUCACAACAAAUCGAUCAAACAUUUUGGAUUCAUCAACAUUUAUCACAAUUUCCCGUCGAUUACAUUCGCUCAUAUAUGGCUUCUAUUGGUCAACCAAUAUCAGUAUCCAAUUCUUCGAUUGAUAAAGAUGAACCACCUAUUCCUCCACCACCAAGACCUUCUCAUGAAAAUGAAUUAUCACGUAUUAUUUAUUUACCAUUGGGUUGGUCCGUCGCAGCGUGUCCGUCGGAUUCUGCUGUUUAUUUUUACAAUCGACAAACAAUGACAACUAGUUGGACACCACCGUCUUUGACUACGCCUAAUGAACAUUCAAUUUCAAAUUCAUUACCUCCUCCACCUCUAGAUUUAAGUCCACUUUCAUCAGCUCAAAUUCAUGAAAAGUAUCAUCGACAUCAUGAUCAACAACAACAGCAACUUUCUUCAUCAUCCCGUUCAACUAUGAAACCAAUAAAACAUUCUCAACGUCACAGUCGUAGUCAUCGACAUCAUCAUCAUAUAACAAGCAGUAACAAUAAACGAAAACGGGUUUCAGAAACAGUUGAAUCUACGACUGUCAUUAGCGAAGAACUUGAUUCACAAUUGAAAGAUGAAACAUCAAUGAUUAUUUCAAAUGAACAGUUCAAACAAGACGAAAUCAAUGAUAAAAACUCUGUAGAACAUACUGAUGAACUGUCUGCUAAUGUUUCGCAAGUACCUAUCGAUGAAAAUAAUGAAAACAAUGUGUCAAUAACAGUGAAAGAAUCUUCCGAAAUCAAUGAUAAUGUCGAUAAACACGUUUCAUUGAACCCAAAUACAUUAUCAUCUUCAUCAUCGAAAAGUUAUCGUGAACUUCUUCGUAAAAAUAUUUCUCAACAUGUUCAUACUACAUUAAAACCAUAUACUAAACGAACAUGUAAACAAGGACGUAUUAUAUCAACCGAUGAUAUUAAAUAUCUUGUUAAAAAAUUUACAUUAGCCGUACUUGAUAAAGAAAUUGAAAAAGCUAAAAAUGAUGGAAUUCCAUUAUCACCAAUACUAACUGAACGUGUACGAUUAAAAACAGAAGUUUAUGUUAAGAAAUAUAUGAAUAAAGUGGGCCCUGUAUUCCAACGGCAUGAUUCAACGGUUCAUCCUUCUUCUCAGCCACCACAACAAACAACAACAACAACAACAGCAACAACCGCGUUAAAUCCAGAAUAG